CAAUUUUGGAUUUGCCUGCGAGUUGUGUGAAUAAAAAUUUAUUCUAAAUUAAUUUGUAUAAAAGUCUAAAAACAUCUAAUUUGAUUUUGUUUUGAAUUAGACCUUGAAUAUUAAGUGAAAACAUCAUAAUGCCUCUGAAUGAAAAUGAGUGGUACAUUGAAGCACCUUGGGGCAGAAUUUGCAUCAUAGCAUGGGGAGACUGCUUGAAUCCCCCGGUACUACUGUGCCACGGGUCCUUGGACUCCGCCGCCACCUUCAGGCCUCUGGUAGCGAUGCUGCCCGAAAACUUUUAUUAUAUCGCCAUGGAGUUCCCAGGCAAUGGGAAGUCAGACUGGUUUCCACCAGGGCUCAUGCUGAGCUCUUACGACCUGGUGUACCCCAUAGCUGUGGUCGUCGAACACUUCCGAUGGCAGAAAUUCGUCUACAUGGCACACUCUUUUGGCACCAUUAUUGGCAAGCUGUACAAUCUGUCCUACCCAGGGAAGAUCUCAAAAGUGAUCAAUUUAGAUCCCACGCCGAAUCUACUGACAGUGCCUGCCGAUGAAUUUAGCGAAUGGUAUCACUUCUAUUUUUCGAAGUUUUACGAGAAAUAUGAAACACUCAACACGCCGAAGGAGACUGGACCUAUUUACACAUAUCAAGAGGCCAUAGAUACACUUAAGAAGAAACGCGACCUAACUGAUGAGUUAGCUGCCGCCACACUGGAGAGAAUAUCAGAACCAGUCUGCAAGCAUAUGAUCAGGUUCACCUUCGACCAGCGAAUGAAACUGGUGACCCGCCCCCCAUUCUCCCCGGAUUCUCUCCAGUCGCUGUUCACGAGCAUCCCCACCCCCACGCUGUCUAUUAUCGCGGAGCAGUCCAUAGACAACGGGAGAUACGACCGGGCGCUGUUCAAGCUGGAUGAGAAGGCGUUUCCACUUAAAAACUACAGCAUCCCCACCCCCACGCUGUCUAUUAUCGCGGAGCAGUCCAUAGACAACGGGAGAUACGACCGGGCGCUGUUCAAGCUGGACGAGAAGGCGUUUCCACUUAAAAACUAUAGCAUCCCCACCCCCACGCUGUCUAUUAUCGCGGAGCAGUCCAUAGACAACGGGAGAUACGACCGGGCGCUGUUCAAGCUGGACGAGAAGGCGUUUCCACUUAAAAACUAUAGGUGA